CAGAAUCGUGGUGACCUUCAGGAGCCUGACCAUGCUGCAAGUGUGUGGAAUUGGAUGAUCGAUACUUCAAUGGCCACCACGGAAUUUCAAUGGCCACACUUAGGUGCCCGCUGUGGAAUGAGAGCAGCACUGGUGAUAUUAUCUGGGUCACUUUUGGUGGUCCUUGUCCCCCUGAGUGGGCUGGAGGAACAUUACAGAGCAGCUCUGAAAGUUCUCCUUCAUUUUAACCUCUGGGGAGGGGAUGAACGCAUACACACAUACACAGGACAGUCUACGGGUCUUUCCGUUACUUCAGCUGCAAUUGAGUUUCUGGUGUUCAAACAGAAACCUUCUCCAGAGGUCGUGUUUGAAGCCAGAGCUGCUCUCAACCAAGCCCUAGAAAUGAAGCGUCAAGGUAAAAGAGAAAAGGCACAUAAACUUCUUCUCCACGCCUUAAAGAUGGAUCCAGAUCAUGUGGAUGCACUUAAUGAGCUAGGUAUCCUCUUGGAGGAAGAAAAAGAUGUCAUCCAGGCAGACUACCUAUAUUCCAAAGCAUUGAUGAUCUCUCCCCAUAAUGAAAAGGCUCUAAUAAACCGCGAUCGGACAUUGCCAUUGGUUGAAGAAAUAGAUCAGAGGUAUUUCAGUAUAAUUGACCGUAAGGUUAAGAAAGUGAUGUCCAUUCCAAAGGGUAACUCAGCUCUCCGCAGAGUUAUGGAAGAGUCUUAUUAUCACCACAUUUAUCAUACAGUGGCCAUUGAAGGCAACACACUUUCAUUGUCUGAAAUCCGACAUAUAAUUGAAACACGCUACGCAGUGCCUGGUAAAAGCCUCGAGGAACAAAAUGAAGUGAUUGGUAUGCAUGCAGCCAUGAAAUAUAUGAACACCACUUUAGUGUCUCGUAUUGGUUCUGUGACAAUCAACGACAUACUGGAGAUACACCGGAGAGUGCUUGGCUAUGUGGAUCCUGUUGAAGCUGGGCGGUUUCGCACUAACCAAGUGUUUGUGGGUCAUCAUAUACCGCCACAUCCUAGAGAUGUCCAUAAACAUAUGCAGGAGUUUGUGCUGUGGCUAAAUUCAGAUGAAGCCAUGAGCUUACAUCCUGUGGAGUUUUCAGCCUUAGCACAUUAUAAACUGGUCUAUAUCCACCCAUUUGUAGAUGGUAAUGGAAGGACUUCACGCUUGCUCAUGAAUCUCAUUCUCAUGCAGGCAGGAUACCCACCAGUAACCAUCCGGAAAGAGCAGAGGUCAGAAUAUUAUCAUGUUUUAGACCUGGCAAAUGAAGGGGACGUGAGACCUUUCAUUCGAUUUAUUGCCAAAUGUACAGAGACAACCUUAGAUCUGUUUUUGAUAGCUACAGCAGAGCAUCCAGUUGGCCUCCCAGAACCUAACCCUGAUCUCUUUGAGUGCAAGCAAACAAUACCAGUGAAGACCUAG